CUGUGGAAAAUAGCCGCCCGACUGGAAAAAUCUCCGCAAACCCUGCCGGCCGAUUAUUCUUCCAAUGGCGGUUUCGAUUUGACCUAUGCUUCACGGAACCUCACGAUCAGCUCGUCCGGAUUUAUGCGCAAAUUAUUCAGCAUUCGUAAUCUGAGUCGGGAAUCGGUGAAACAGUCUCUCGAAAUGGUACGACAAUCGGAAUGUCUAAGUUGGGUAACGUUGGUGGGAUUCGAACGUCCGUUAGUCAACCCGGUAUGCUACGAUAUGCCGUUGCCGACUAGUUUUGGCAUUGUAAAACACCUUGUCGGUGACUUUGAUGCAGAAUGUCGUGUAUGGUAG